CUCCAUCACCACCACCUCCGCCUUCCACCUUCAAAAACACACACUUACACUCCAUAGAAGGAAGCAAAGCAACAACCAUCAUCCACCAUUUUCAUCUCAUUCUCUCUCUCUAUUACAACAAGAGAGAGAUUAAAGCUGCAAAAAGGCCAUACCCUUUCAUCAGCUUUCCUUUAUUCAUUCCCUUUACAACUCCCGAUGUGUGUUUUUCUGUGACAUAUACAGAAACAACUUUCUUAACUGAAUUCUAUCUUGUGAGAGUUCGAGAAGAAAAAGGUAGAACUUGAUUAAAGUUUUUGAAAUAUUUUUCAUGGUGUUUGUAUAAAUCUUGAUCAUUAGUUAGGGAUCGAAGUUUGAGUAUGGGAAGAGAGUGGUUGUACAAAGCUGCCGGUGGCGGAGAUGCCAGCUCCGGUAGACGUGGUAAAGGGAAACCGCCGUCCACCACUAGCAAACCUGUGAACAGAAAAACAAAAAAAGAGAGAAACAAUUCAUCUUCUGGAUGCAUGAGUGCCAUUUUUAGUUUCUUCGAUGUUCAACAUCAUCAGUUUGGCUUACGCUACCCUUCUUUCAUCUCCGAAUCCGCCAUUAAUAACUCACAACAAUUUAACAUUGGUCUUCAAGGCGUAGAAGCACCGAGGAACAGCUUGGAGUCGCCGGAAUCUGCCAUGGACGUUGGUCCAUCAUCAUCAUCAUCAGCCAAAGAAAAAUCAAACCUGAACAUCCCAAUGGGUGGCAUUCAAAUCAAAACAAAACGAUCAAGAUUAUCAGAUCAAGAUUUAUCUUCCGAAUAUAGCAGCUCUCCAAGUACUAAAACACCUAAUCUGGUUGCUAGAUUAAUGGGUCUUGAUCUUCUUCCGGAAUAUUCAUCCCCCAGACCUUCAUCAUCAUCCUCCACUCCGGUGACCUCCCAUAAACACAGUCGUUCUUUACCGGCGACUCCCAGAAUAUCAACGGCAAGCAGAGGAUCAACAGAUAACGAUUACCACCAUCGGCUUUCUCUCCAAAUAGACAAAGAGAACUGUAACAGUUAUAAGCGUCAAGAACACGAGUCCUUGCAGAUGAAAAUGGCUCGCCGGAGAUCGGAACUUCUGUUGCACCGAUCAGACGAUGAGAACACAAGUCUGUACGCAAAGCAGAUUGCGAACCAAGUGAGGGAAAGAAUCAGCCGGCGACUUGGUACAGACAUCACAAACACCGUGUCAUCACAGUCAUCGACGACGAGAAAUAAAGAUCAGAGAAGAGAUUCUAAUCUGGUUUUGCUCAAACCUAAGAAACCAUCUCCAUCACCAUUGAUGACGCAAGCUCCGGCGCCGGCGCCGGCAUCAAAACAAAAACAAGAUGGUACGAAUACGACGCCAUUUUCGAGCUCACCAAAGCUCAGAUUGUUAGACAUUAAGAGCAAUCUUAGUAAACCCAAUUCAAAUUCACAGUCAUCACCAUUCAAAGAGGUAGGAUCGAAGCCAGAAACACGACCAGUACGCCAUCAAAAGCCAUUAACGAAGCUGGAGAAACCAGUGAAAGAUCAAAAAAUUCAGAGAAUCGCAAGUGAAAGAUACGAAUUGCGCUUGAAGAAUGUGCGUCAACAAGAUGACGCAUUUGUGAGCAAGAUCUGUAAGAAGUCAACUCCAUUACCAAAUCAUGUCGUAAAUGUCAAGAACACAACAAAGUUUCUUUCUUUCAAGAAAGAGAUUACGUCUUCUUCCUCAACAAGACUACCUCAAAAACAGGUGUCCUUGGUCAGCAUGACGCAGUUACCUAGUAGACUGAACUCCUCGUACAAUCAGAAUGACAUACGCAUGUUCAAGCUUUCCGAUCAAGAUUCCAACGCUGCCACCACCACGUCGUCCUCCGAUCCCAACGGCAGUUCUUUUUCCGAUCACUUCGACUACAUUUCAAGAAUCCUCAACCUUUGUGGAAUCCACAGCACCACCCUCGUCUCAAUCGGUCAAUGGUACUCCCCUUCUCACCCACUUCAUCCCUCAAUAUUUCAUCAGCUAGAAAAACACUACCACCCCACCACCACCGCCGGACGAAGGUUGAUGUUCGAAUUAGUAGAUGAACUGCUGGCGGAAAUCUUGAAGCCUUACAUGAAUCUGAAACCAUGGGUUUGUCCAAAACCAUUGGAUUCAUGUGGAAUGCGUGGGUCGGAUUUGAUCAAGAAGUUAUGUGAGACGAUUGAGAGUAUUCCGGCAGCCGAUUGUGAGGUGUUGGAAGAUAUAGAUGGGUUGAUUGAGAGGGAUAUAGGAGGGAGCAUGCGGCGGCUGUGGUCGACGGCGUUUGAGGCGGAGGCGGAGGAUAUAGUGGAGGAGAUAGAGACUGAGAUCGUGGAAACGUUGAUGCAUGAGAUUUCAACGGUAACGGUGGCUCCGGCAGGAUCUGACAAGUGAGGUCAUAUGUGUCGUUCACGUGAUCAGAUGCUGUUCGUUUGGCACAAAAAAGAAGGCACAAUGGAAAGUCAGCUUUAUGUGGCAAAGUGAAGAACAGUAGCCCAUAAGAGAAAUCAAAUAUCUUUCAGAUUAUAAAUGGUA